AUGCUCCUGUGUGGAAUCAUCAACGAACUUAAUAAAUCUUCCCCAGCUUCAGACACCACGGUUGUUUUCUUCUUCUGCCAGGCAACAGACGCUCGGAUAAAUCAUUCUACUGCUGUUCUCAGAGGCUUGAUAUUCAUGUUGAUUGAUCAGCACCCGGAAUUUAUUUCCCACGUGCGACGCGAGUACGAUAAGGCAGGAGAGAAGAUCUUUCAGGAUGCAAAUGCUUGGCAGGUACUGCUUGGCAUCCUGACAAGUAUCUUCCAGGACCCAUUGUUACAGAAGACCUACCUGAUAAUUGACGCCCUUAAUGAAUGCACAACAGGUCUGAGCCAGCUUCUUGAUCUCGUUGUCGCAAAAUCAUCUUCAUACUCACAUGUCAAAUGGCUCAUCUCGAGUCGCAACUGGCCUUCGAUUGAACAAAGUCUUGAGACAGCAACUCGAAAAGAAAAGCUUUGGCUUGAACUCAACGAAGCUUCUGUCUCUGAAGCCGUCGCUUCGUUUAUCCACUCUAAGAUUCAGAUCUUAGCAAGAAAAAAGAAAUAUACUGAUGAGAUCCGAGAUGUUGUUUCCCAGCAUCUGAUAGCAAACGCACACGGUACCUUCCUCUGGGUGGCCCUAGUCUGCGAUGAACUUGCCAAGAUAGAAGUCUCUAGAUGGGCUGCUCGGACGAAGUUGAAAGAAUUCCCUGCUGGCCUUGAUCAGCUCUAUCGGAGGAUGUUAGAUCAGAUCAACUCGACUGAGGAUGCCGAACUCUGCAAGUCUAUCCUUGGAAUUAGCACAACAGUCUGUCGCCCCAUUACCUUGGAAGAGCUAGGUUCUUUCAUCGACUUCCCGAAAGACUUUGAGCUUUCAGACCUUGAAGAAAUCAUAGGACUUUGUGGCUCCUUCCUCACGCUUAGGGGAUCGACAAUCUCCCUAGUCCAUCAAUCUGCAAAUGACUUUCUUCAUCGACAAGCUGCCCAGGAGAUAUUCCCGCGUGGAGAGGGAAUUGUGCAUUUUGAUAUUUUCUCGAAGUCAUUGGCUGCUAUGAGGAGAACACUUCGACGUGACAUCUAUGAUCUCGUACAUCUUGGAUAUCCUGUUGACCGAGUCCACCAGCCAGCCCCAUUCCAUUAG